GCACCGCAGUCGCAGUUGGCGGCAGGUCGUUCACAGACAAUGUCGCGGUUACAGGAGGGAUCCAUCCCUAGCAUACAGGGGCGUCACACCUAGCCAUGCGAUUGGCAGUGGUCGUGUGUGUGGGGUGGGCUCUGUGGGGCCUCGCCCUCGCCCAGGACCCCGACCUCAACCCCGCGGACUAUGAGGAGGCUCCGGCGACCAUGACCAUCCCCCGGGUGGAGCCCCCGACUACCCAGCAGACCACCCUGGGGCCCAGGAAGACCAGGAACUACCCGGUGUUUAACGUAGAGUUCCCCCGUGUCGAGACUCCGUUCAUCAUCGGGAUAUGGAUCGUGUGUGCGAGCUUGGCAAAAAUAGGGUUCCACAUGGCCCCGGGAUUGAACCAGAUCUUCCCCGAGUCGUGUCUGCUGAUCGUGGUUGGUGUGGUGAUCGGACUGCUGCUCUAUGGUGCCUCGAGUGUUCACAUCUCUCCUCUAACACCCGACACAUUCUUCCUCUACAUGCUACCACCCAUCAUCCUGGACGCCGGCUACUUUAUGCCCAACAGACUCUUCUUCGACCACAUCGGCACCAUCCUCGUCUUCGCUGUCAUCGGAACUGUCUUCAACACCUUGACAAUAGGAGUUUCCCUCUGGUUGGUGGGUCAGACGGGUAUCUACGGUUUCCCAACUCCACUCCUAGAGAUGCUACUGUUCUCUGCGCUCAUCUCCGCUGUGGACCCCGUCGCAGUUCUGGCUGUGUUUGAAGAGAUCCAUGUCAACGAGAUCUUGUACAUCGUAGUAUUCGGAGAGUCUCUGCUCAAUGAUGCAGUCACUGUUGUACUGUACCACAUGUUUGAGGCGUAUACAGAGAUGGGACCAUCCAACAUCCAGGCCCGUGAUGUUGCCUCUGGCGUUGCCUCGUUUUUCGUGGUGGCGGUGGGUGGUACCGUCAUCGGUGUUGUGUGGGGUUUCCUGACCGCGUUUGUCACCAGAUUCACCAACCAAGUCAGAGUCAUCGAGCCCAUCUUCAUCUUCGUCAUGGCUUACCUCGCCUACCUCAAUGCUGAAAUUUUCCACAUGUCCGGCAUAUUGGCAAUCACUUUCUGCGGGAUCACUAUGAAGAACUACGUAGAGGCCAACAUCUCUCACAAGUCCCACACCACUGUCAAGUACGCCAUGAAGAUGUUGAGUUCUUCUUCGGAGACAAUUAUCUUCAUGUUCCUCGGAGUCGCCACCGUCAGUGACAAACAUACUUGGAACACAUGGUUUGUCAUUCUCACCAUCACCUUCUGCUCUUUCUACAGAGCUGUGGGUGUGAUGAUUCUGACAGCCCUCGUCAACAGGUUCCGUCUCUACAAGCUAAACAAGGUAGACAAGUUCGUCAUGUCGUACGGUGGUUUACGAGGUGCCGUUGCAUUUGCCCUUGUCCUGCUCAUUAGCCCGGACCAUGUCAAGCUACAGCCAAUGUUGGUAACUACCACCAUCGCCGUCAUAUACUUCACCGUCUUCUUCCAGGGAAUCACCAUAAAGCCACUUGUAAGGAUAUUGAACGUAAAGAGAGCGGAGAAAAGAAAACCCACAAUGAACGAAAGGAUCCAUGAAAGGAUUAUGGACCACACUAUGGCAGGAAUAGAGGACAUUCUAGGUCAUCAUGGCAAUCACCACUUGAGGGACAGAUUUAAAAGGUUUGACAACAAGUUUAUCCGGCCGUACUUGCUGAGAAAUCACCAAGGCGCUGAACCAAAGAUACUCGAGACUUACUCCAAGUUGGCAAUGAAAGAUGCGAUGGAGUACAUGAGGAGGAACGCUUCAACAAUCGGCAAUAUUUCUGGGACUGAGUCCAUGUCUGCGAUAUUCAGGAACUACACUGCAGGAAAUCUGAAUGGCAGCUUUUCACAGUUAGAUACAAGUACGUGGAAUAUAGACUUGCAAGAAUUAGAGUACAAUCCAAGCAAAAAAGACUUGACGGAUGCAAAAAUCCAUCAUCUGUUAGCAGAGGAACUGUGUCAGCCGUGCAGAAGGCAUCGAAGGCUAUCUUAUAGCAGACAUGCAGUUGAUGAUAGAGAUCUGACAACACAAAUAUUCCCUCAUAGAAUGCACUACAACAUGAGAAGGAUGGUCGGGGAUCAGAAAAAACAUCACCACAGAAGAAGCAAGAGACUUAGCAAGGGCCUCAAACAGAACCACGUCAGUUUUCCCGGGAUCCAGCAGAACGGGACAGUCAAACAGCUGGCCAAUGAUUACAUAAACGAGGUUCUGCACGAAGUAGAGCUGUCUGAGAGCACAAAGUCCAUUCCUGUGUCUACGAGAGAAGACUGGGAGAGUGGAGGAAUCACAUUCACUGCUCACCCCUCUGUUACUACAGUGGUGACGCAAUACUCUCAUCCACAACGCCCGACAAGUCUACACCUGCCAGACGUGCCCACGGCUGCCGAGACCCUACUUCCCUGGCGUCGCGAGGAUGAGGGGGGAACUCAAGCAAGCACCCCGGGGCACAGGUCUUCCGAGGACAAUGCUGCUGAGAUAACUAGAGUGUCGACACCGACAGCACUGGAGACUCUGCUGCCUUGGAAGCGGACUGACGACAGCGACAGUUCGACAGCGCUCAAACAGAGUGAGUUCCCUCCGUGGUGUUCCAACAAAGAGUAUGUCUCCUAUAACUCUCCUUCGGCCACAUUCCUAGGUGGCAUAGAGCAGCCAGGAGUCGCCUCUGUUAUUGGACUGUUCCGGAGAGACAGUGAGCCUAACUCUCCCAAGUCCUCAUCUCCAACAGUGCUGCUCAUAGAAGAGGCAACAUCUCUACUCAGCCCCAGGUCCAAGGGGCACAAUAAGAUGGCGGCAGCACGGCGUGGUUCCCUCUUGGAGUUGGGCUCCAGCCACGAGGAAGCUCUGUUAACAGUCACAACGUCAUCUCACGACCGCACAGACCGUUGGACGUUACCGAGGCGACGACAGUCGUCACUCACCCCCUCCCAGCCUCACCCACUCACCCUGUCACCCUCUGUGGAGAGUCUAGAGAGCUCAGACGCAAUUAUCAGCGAGGACGACGCUCGUGAAUAACAUUACGAGUCGGUCAGGGUUACUGAUCUUUAACCUCUGACCUUACGUUGUGUCAGUCAAGCCCUGCUCUCUUGUAGUAAUAAGUACAUAGACUUUUAUUGGUUUCCGUGAAUCACGUAAUCAGAUGCCUAUUAUAGGAGACUACCCUUUGUUUGGACACCUAAGAACCUGAUUUCUCGUCUGAUCACUUAAAGUCCAAACAGUUAGAAGUGAAUAAGAAAAUGAACAGAUGAAUCCUAAAAUCAUAUGCUUAGUGUAAAUGUCGUGAACUAAGGUGUUAUACCAAGAAAGGAAUAUGCAAAGGUUAUAGGUACUCAGUAUUCUGAAUCAAACGAAUCCAAACAAGAGGGAUUACCAUAAAUUAAUUUGUGAUGAUUUCUAAUACGAUACUUUGGAGACCUGUGGUCUUAAAAAUAUGUUUUAUGCAUCGAAUAAUGGCCUCACUUUUAUUGAAUGCAGUCUUAAGUGUUUUUUUACGCAAUUAGGAUAGUAAUGGAAGAGUAUUUUUAUCAGAUUUUGAAUAGUGGACACAGCCCAGGAUGGUCUUAGAUAUUUCAUAUUAUGAUUGGUAACUAAUGGUAUUGUUAUGUAAUAAUGAAUAAAGCCGGGUUAAGGUUUAAAUGCAAUCUAUAAUCAUAACAUUUUGACUAGCUUCUUGAAACAUACAUUAUUUUUUAUAAUUGUUCCCAAUUAACUAUGAUUUACUCUUAAGAUUUCCCACCUUGAAAAGGUAACUUUUCAUGCUUAUUACCUAUUGUUGCUGCCUUUAUUUUAAUUCAUACCGGUCUAAAUGUAUUGAAUCUCUUCUUACUAUAUCCAAUAAAACACGUGGUUAUUUUCAAAGACAUCUAGUUAAAAUAAAAAAACAAACAAAAAAAAACUGUAGACUAAAUAUUUUUUACUUCUGAUUUACAUAUAUCCUUACUAAAGGUAGUAGGCUAUUAAUUUGAUUUAGGUUUGCUAAUUUUUGUAUAAUCUGCAUACAUUUUAAGUAGCCAUAUUUUGUUUUGAUAAAUAACAUGUAACUGAUAAAACAAAUAUUUUAAAAAAUAUACCAAAGAUAACUAAAACCGUUGGUGAAAUUUAAGAAUAAAGCUUUCACAGCUAGCCUCAAACUUAAAAUUAUUUUAAAGAAAAAAGGACAACUCAUGCACACUAAACACAUGUUUUAACUAUUUAUAAAACUCAGAAUUAAAGAAUAUUAAUAUACUUCAGGUAUCUUAUUUCUCAAUACUAGAAUGUAUUUGUUUUUAGCUUAUUAUUGCAAAAAUUGUGAUUUGCACUGUGAAUUUUACUUACAUAAUUCUUUUGGGAAAUCCUAUUUAUUUAAUAGAUUAGUCACAGUUUUUAAGAUGUAUAAUUACAUACCACAAACAAUCUGAUAGAGUAGAAGUUUCGCUUUCCCUUAGCUUGAAAUCAGCUGAUAUCUGUUACUUGCUGGGCUACAAAUCAGCUGUUAUAACCCCUACAGAGCAGGGCUUGAUUAUACACUUCUCGUAACGUAGUCUGAAGCUGCCUUUUAGUCGUCAGUCACAGUUGCGCUUGUCCCGUUUAGUCCCGACAAUAUAAAUAUUGUUAAGUUUUUGUAAAUACUCCUUAAGUCUAGUUUAAUAACGUAGGAUUCUCUGUAUUUAUGUAUGUACUGUACAGUUAACGAGGAUGGGUGGAAGCGUUAGGCUUUGGGUGUUUGGUGAAUGACUUGUAUAUUCAAGCAGGGGUUCAUAUACAUGUAAGUCCUUAGGGAUUGUAGUUUCGAAUUUUGCACAGAGUGGUUAAAUAUUUUUGAAUGUGUGAGAAAAUUGUUUCAGGGCCAACAGAUUGUAAACAUUGUAACAUUUUUGAGAGGUUUUUGAAUUACUGAAAAUAGACACAAUGGAAUGUAUCGAAAGUUAAAGAUUAUUAAAUGAUGAAUGACUUGGAAAGAACUAGAUGGAAGCUGGCUAAAGAUUACCAACUGGUUUUUUUCAUCCAUGGUAUUUUUUUUACACAAGUCCAAUGCAGUUGGGGCCUAGUUUAAAAUCUGGAAUCACAAAAUCGAUUCUAGUUUUUAUGUGUGCAAACCCUAUUACUAACUUAUUUAAAUGUUUUUCUUUUUUUUUCUUUAGGUAAUUUAAUUUAAUUUUUCAUUUAGUUAUUUCCGAGGUAUAUCCAAUUUUAAGAAAGGAAAGUGAGUAGUGAAUUUAUUGUGCAUUAAAAGAUAAUGACUGUGAGAAUAUUAGAAGAACUUCCAAGAAUUUGAUUGCACGGUAUUUGUAUUUUUUGUUUUCAAACCCUGAAAUAUUUAUUCUUCAAUUCAUCGGUACGGUACAUAGUUUUGAAACACAUUCCCAGACAGCACACUUUCUCCUCAGGACAUCCCACGGAUAUUGCGACAGGAUAUGCAAGAUAUCCCAUAGUGGUCCUAUGGUCAACCCGGGAUAUCCCAGGAUAUCCACAGGAAUGCGUAAUGUCCCCGCCCGGGGAUGUCCUACGGAUAAGCUCACAGCAUAUCCGUGGGACAUCCGAGGUCAUCCCAGGGUAGUCCUCAGGACAUUCUCAGGACAUAUGGGACUACUAUGGGAUGUCCCUGGGAUAAAGUGUGGUCUGGGCCUGAACAUAAAAAACACAAAAUAAUAUAGAUUUAGUAUGAAAAUUUAAUUAUAAGUUUAGUAAAUUGAUUAAAUAGUUAAUAUACACAAAUUUUGAAGAAAAAAACGAGAAAAAAAGUUUUUGGCCCAGACGGGUCUCGAACCCGGUACCUUCCCCUUAUGUGCCUCUUACCUUACCUCCUGAGCUAUCUGCGCUUGAUGAUUAUGGGUGUUUUCAAGUGGUGAAAGAGUAGCCGACAGUUGCAAUGGUCGCAAUACUUAAAAUAUUUUUGAUACUACAGUAUAUAAUAUGAUUCUGUUAAUCUGUUUAGGCCUCAAGUAGUUGAAUUGUUUUUCUGGUUGUUGGAGAGGAUCCUGGUAUUUGAAUAUAGAUUAUUUAAUUACCAUUAGAUUAGCACUGUUAUAAUUGAUUGUUAUAUGAUUAAAAUUAGUUUUUGUUUGUUUUUUUUAAUUUAAAGUUAGAAUUAAAUUCACAUCUCACACAACUAUGAUAGAACUCUAGUUUUCCUGAAUUCAGCGGUGGUAAUAUGUCAGUAAAGUUAAGUCAGCCCUUGCUAGCCAUAGUAUUAACAAGACAUAUUUUCAAUCUGGGAAACCUUAAACUUUUAAAACAAAUUAUAAAACCUCAACAUCUUAAUGCGUGGGAAUCUUAUUUUUGAAAAAAAAAACAGACCAAAAUUAUUUGUUAAAUAAUGAAGACGGUCCAAUUAUAAAUUCGGAAUUACUGAUAAUAAUUACAUCAAGAACAACACUUUAAUAUAUGCAAAAUUCAAAAGAUUAAUUUUUCUAAUAUUAUUUUUUAUUUUUCCAAUAUCCUUUAAAUCAUCCGUUUUAAGUUGGUUUAAAAUUAAUUUAUUAAGUAAAUAUUUACUUUUUGUACUAGUGUAAAUACAGCCUGAAGAUGGAAACCAAGUUUCUGAAAGCGCUAGUGAAAAAAAAAAUUAUUAUAUAUUGGCCUUGUUGAACAUUUAAAUUUAGGUAUACAUUUCAUCAGUGGUAGUAUUUUUUUUCUUCAGUUUGUUACCGGGACAUUACGUUCAGACAUUACGGGACAUUACAGGAUAUCCAGUGGAUUUUGUAAAUGUCCCGGGAUGUCAUGGGACAUUCUGGGAUAUCCUAUGGCAUUCGUACAUAUCCCGGGACUUUACAGGAUAUCCUGAGGUUAACUUACAAAUCCCGGGACAUUACGGUAUAUUGUAGGAUAUCCUGUGGAUUUCGUACUUGUCCCGGGAUUUUGCGGGAUAUCCUGAGGAUAGCGUACAUAUCCCGAGUCAUUCUCAGGACAUAGGGGACUACUAUGGGAUGUCCCUGGGAUAAAGUGUGCUGUCUGGGUUGAAGGCAUGUUCACAUCCUUAAUCUUUGUUUCAGUCCUCUUUGCUGAGAUAAUUUGAUGAUGUAAGUACCAAACAAUGUUCAAUACAAUUGAAAUGUAUGAUACUAACCAUAACCCAUGAGAAAUUGUCUAUAAAGGUCAUUCACCAGUCUCCCGAUGUCCUACAGGGUAAACAAACAAUGAAAAAUGUUGUAAAAACAACACAGAGUGCCUCGGAUGGACUUUUGUUGAUAGAUUUUUUUGUAAUAUAAGUGCUACUUUAAUAAAAGAGACAAUAUUCAAAAACCAAAAUGACAAUGGGCUGAAAAUGGAUUUUGGUUUUUGAACUGGUGUACAUCUGUGUAUUAUUAUUGUGUAUAAGGAAAACGGUGUGAUUGUUCUGCAGUUUUGCUGUCAGAUUUUGAAGUAUUCCUCUCAUAACAAAAUACUUCAACAUCAGUUUGUAAUCUCUAGAAUUGUUUGAACACAUUUUGACCUGUAAAAUUGAUAGGUAGUGGUGGUUGAUGGGUAACUGUGUAUUGCAAAAACAUCACACGGUCCUGUAAAAUUUGGGUUUUAGCAAAAAAGGCACACUGUUAAUUUUUUGAUUGAAGAGUGCAUUUUUUCAUUGGGGGAAUCCGUUCCAGAGUAUUUUACACCUUUAAAAUGGUGGUUUUUGUUAGGUUUAUUGUUAUCAUUAAUUUAAAACAACAGAUAUUUUCUAUCAGUGAUAAAAAUGCCGGGAAAUAUUAAAAAAACAUAAACAUUCGUUAAAGAAUAAAACAAUUUUGUCCGUGAAUAAGUCGAGAAGUUAAUUAACAAUGCUCUAACUAUUAACUAAUAGUCCAGGCGCUAAACGGGUUGAGUAUG